AUGGAGAAGAUACCCAUCAAUCAUUGUUCUUACCGGGACUUAGUUACUGUUCCUGGUGUUGGAGACGCUCUAGCAACUACGAUUGUAGAUUUGCGGAGUGCCCAUGGUGACAUGACACCAGAAAUGCUCAUGUCAGUUUCAGGUGUGCGGAGCAUGCCAGACAUUAUGAGGAUGCUUGACUUCAAGCCCUACAUUCCUUUCUCGGAGGGAAGUCACCCAGUCAACAUGGCGUCCCCAAAGUCCAGGUUCAGACAGGGACCUCAGUUAUCCUCCGCACCCACCUUUGGUCAGGAUGCCGCCGCGACUUGGUCGAGCAAACCUGCGUUUGCUAAGUGGACAGAUGGUGCCUCAACGCCCAAACAUCCGACUCUACCGAAGACGAUCACAUACGACGGAAGGAGCAGCUGGCAGGCUUUCAUCGCUAGGUUUUCAUCCUAUGCCGAUGAAUGCAACUGGUCGGCGAAACAGCGGAAGAAUAACCUCUGUUGGUGUUUGGAGGCCAUGGCAAGCGAGUUCUACGCCAUGCUCAGUGAGCGAGAGCCAAACCUGGAGUACUUUGAUCUCAUCAAGAAGAUGGAGAAGAGGUUUGGUUUGCGGGAUCUACCAGAGGCGACCCAGAUGCAGUUCAAUUACGCCAAACAGUCAUCUGAGGAGACCAUCCUGGACUGGGCCGACCGAGUGCUCUACAUGGUGACUCGCGCCUUUCCAAAUCUUCCGGAGAUGCAUGUCCAGAAGCAGGUUGUACUGAAGUUUUGCCAGGGCUGUUCCGAUCGGGAGGCUGGCCUGUACGCCAUCAACUCUAGGCCGGCGACCAUAGAAACUGCCGUAGAUUGUGUUAAGAGAUGUCGUUCAGUCAAUGAUGUGGAUGGUAUGGGAGCGGACUUGUGUAAGGUGGGCAUCACUGCUCAGACACCGCCGAGACGCCCAAAUCCAGGGGACUUCUCAUCUCUCGAUAAACGAAUGACAACCUUAGAAGACCAGUUCAAGUCCAUCCAGGGGUCUUUGGAUAAGUUGACUGCUCUUGCAACUCACCGCCCUCGUGAGCGAUCAAGGUCACCAGCCCUUGACAUGUCCCGAAGUUCUUGUUUCCAGUGUGGAAAGUUGGGUCAUUUCCAACGGGAUUGCCCCGGUGUCAAGACGGAGAAGACAGCCUCCUUCAUAGAUGACCAGUCAAACUACAGCGGGUCAGAGAGCGAGGCCGAUCUCCGCCCCGAGCAACUAACGGCCGACUACCAAUAAUAGACACACCAACCAAUACAGUCACUCUUGCUGAUUCGGGUCCCUCUGUGCAAUCAUCACCUUCAUCCAGUGCUGUGGUUGAAGCAGUUACUUCCAGUCAGUCCACGUUGGAAGAGAGUACGGUUCAGCUCGCUGAGAUGGUCACUCAGGUGCAGCAUUUUCAGGAGUACAUUAACGGCAUGGCUGAGGACUGUCCUGAGCAGUGCAGCGUUGGAGCUGAUGAGUCUACGGAGGAAUCUUCAAAUUUGAUUGAAGGAGGGGAGGAAGUAGUUGUUUGUCGACUGCAUUCACGCUCGAUGUUCAGCGUACGUGUUGGUCUAAACAGCAUGGCACUUAAGGCGAUCAUCGACAUAGCAGCAGAGGUCACAAUCAUCUCCGAUCACAUCUACAACUCCCUAGAUCCCAAACCACCCGAAAUCAGGAAUGUGACGUUGAACACUGCAGGAAGGAACAUGAAGAUGAAAGGUAUAAUUGCUGGUCCAGUAGAAGUAAAACUUGGAAGCAAGACCUUCACUGAGAGAGUAUACGUGGCACCGAUUGAAGACGAUAUGCUCUUGGGAAUCGAUUUCCUGCGACGACACAAGAUAAACAUACACAUCCAAGAUUCGAUGCUGGUACUGGAGGAUGAGAACAUACCCAUGGUAUUCGGGGAGGGGAACCAACCUCCGAGAGUUGCUCCAGUAAUGGUUCGUAAGCUGACAAUUAUCCCCCCAAAUUAUGUCAAGAAGGUUCCAUGUAAGGUGACUAAACCACUGGAACAGUUCAUGGUUGAACCUUCCCAGGGUUUGAGUUUUCUGUUGCCCCGGACUGUCCACAGUCCCGGACAGGAAGUGGAAUUGUUUGUGAUCAACCCCACAGCUCAGAAUGUGCGACUAAAGGGAAAUCGC